AUGAUAUCAAAUGAUUUUAUUCCUGAUUAUAUUUGUAAUGUUAAUUAUUCGUUAAAUUAUCCAACUCUCAAAAUAAGGGAUAUUCCAUUAAACCCAUUUUCUCCAGUAUCAUUGUUGCCUGUCAAUUUAUCACUUCCAUUAACACCAAACUCAUUUUUUCUUCCAUUUUAUAAAAAUUUUGAAGUUAAUUGUCAUCCUUUAUAUUCUUCACCAGUUUCCUAUAAAUUUUCAGAAGAUUUCAUUCAAAAAUUAAAUGAAAUUAAUCACCCAUAUACAUUACAAUUACUUCUCCAUAUUAAAUCAACUGAACCUAAAACCUUACUUCAUCCACUGUUAAAAUGUUUAAUUCAAUUUGAAAAUCAAGUACUUCAAAAUGAAACUCUUUCUAUUGAACCUAAUUGUUUACAAUCAGAUGAAUUACUUGAAAAUUUAACAGAACAAAUUUAUAUACUUCCAUUUAAUAAUUUAAAUAUUUCAUUACCAUCAAAUAAUAUAAACAAUUUAACAUUUAAUGAAUCUUAUCAAAUAUAUGUGUUUUUAUUAAAACAACAACCUGAACAUUGUCUAUCAAUAAUAAGACAAUUAGUUAAUAUUAUUGGAAAUCCAUUCAGUUCUGGAAUUGUACAAUCAUUACCUGAUGAAUUUAAGCCAAUUAUUAGUCAAGUAAUUAUUGAAUCAAUACCUUCUCAUUCUUUAAUGUCAAAUUAUUUUGAAGAGUCAUUACAAUAUUUACAAACAAUAUCAAAAAAAACUAAUUUAUUACCAUCAUUAAUUUAUGUACUUAAUUCAUUAAAUACAUUAACUAAAGAAGAAUUAAUGAAAAGAGAAGAGUUAAUUGUUGACUUUAUAGAGUAUUGUUUAAAUCACAUUACAAAUUUAUCUGAACAUUUAAAAUUAGCAUUUACUGAAGGAUGUUCCAAUUUCAUUAGAAUGUUAUAUGAUUUUGAUGAUUUAACACUUCCAAUAGCAAAAGAAACCAGUUUAAGGUAUCGAAUUAUUGAUAUACUAACUCAAAUUAUUCAAAUUUAUCCAAAUGUAAUAACAUCUCUUAGUAUUACAUUUAAAAAUUGUAUUGAACCAUUAAAUUAUACUCCAUACAAUCCACUUAGUUAUGGAAUAUUUUCUAAUAGUGGAAGUUCAACACCAAGUAGAUCAGUUAGUAGAUCAGAUUUAUAUCCUACUAUUUCAAGGAGUGGAAGUUUAAAUUUUAAUGAAAGUUAUUGUGAAAGUAAAAGCAGAAACUCUAAAAGUAAAAGUGAAUCUUCUAAAUCAUUAAAAAGAAGUGGUAGAAAGAAUAAUAAUAUUGAAACAGUAAAAAUUGGAAAUAUCAUUGGAAUAAGAAACCUUGGUAGUACGUGUUAUUUAAACUCUAUUCUACAACAAUUAUAUGGAGACAUUUAUUUUAGAAAUUCAAUGCUUCUCAUAGACUCAAUUAAGCCUGAACAACCAUUUUUAAGUUCAUUAAGAGAUUUAUUUAUUAAAUUAAUGAGGUCAAGUAUUGUUAUUGAUCCAAGAACCGAAGUUAGUGAAAUGAGAAAUAAAAAAUAUGGAAUAAUUAAACCAGGUGUUCAAAGAGAUGCAUGUGAAAUGUUAAUGGAAAUACUUGACUCAGUAAGUGAUGAAUUAAAAGGAAAUCUUGGAAUUAAUGCAUUAAAAAAAUCAUAUUUGAUUGAAGCAUUAACAGAAAUAAGAUCAUGUGAUUGUUCACAUAAUCAACAAAGAGUUGAAGAACAUGUAGUGUUACCAUUAGAAAUUAAAGGAUUAAAAAAUUUAGAAGAGUCAUUAGAAAUAUUAACAGGUACUGAAUAUAUUGGAGAUAAACAAUAUAAAUGUGAAGAAUGUCAUAAACAAAUUAAUAUUAAAAAGCAAAUGUUUCUUCAUCAAUUACCAAAUACAUUAAUAUUUCAAUUAAAAAGAUUUGAUUUUAACCUUCAAACAUUUCAACAAGAAAAAAUUAAUUCUCGUUUUCUAUUUCCUGAUUAUAUUAAUUUAAGACCUUUUACAUUUACUAAAAUUAAAGAUGAAGAGUAUUGUCUUGCUGGAGUUAUUGUUCAUUCAGGAAACUGUACUGGAGGACAUUACACAUCAUAUAUUAAAGAUGGAACUAAAUGGUUUUUAUGUAAUGAUGAACAAGUUAUUGAAGUAAAAAGAGAGUAUGCAGAAAUGGAAUGGUUUGGAACAAAAAAUAAGUCAGGAUAUCUUCUUUUUUAUCGUAGAAUUACUCCUCUUGAAGAAAUUCCAUCAAUUUCAAUUAAAACAACAACAGUUCCAAUUGAAAAAGAACAAAAAUCUUCAAAAAAGAAUAAAAAAGGAGGAAAAUCAAAAAAAGGAUAUGAAACGAAAUUUGAAAUUAUUAAAGAUGGAGAAAAGAAAAAUGGAAAUAGUUGUUUAUCAUCAACUUUAACUUCUUCAAUUUCAGAAUCUACACAAAGUUCUUCAAUUGAUUUAAAUGAAGAAAUCAAUGAAUUUGAACAACAAGAGAGUAUUUAUACAGAACAAUAUUUAUUUGAUGAAAAUAUAUUUUAUUCAUUUUUAUUAGAAUUAUAUCAACAUAUAGAAAUUUGUACAAAAGAAACUGUUUCAUUUAUUAUUCAAAUUAUUAUGUUUAGUUUAAAUGAACGUAGAAAUGAAGAAUGUUGUGAAGAAAGAAAACAAUUAUUAAAUUAUUUAUUAGAAAAUCCUUGUCAAAUUGUAGCUGAGUCAUUAAUUGAAAAUGAAAUUAAUAAUAAAGUAAUAAUGACAAAAAGAUAUUGUUUUAAUCCACGUUCCACUUCAUCAAAAUAUACUUCAUAUUUUAUUGACUGUUUAAAAUUAUGUUCAAUUGAAAUUAAUCAACGUUACCUUUAUCAAUUAUUUGUAUUUUAUUCAACACUUACAUUAACUAAAGCUCAUGUCCAUGGAAUUAAAACAUUGUUUGGAAAUGGAUUAAGGUUAUUAACUGAUUUAAGUUCUUUAAAAUGUUCUAUUGAUGAUGCUGUUAUGAAACAGUUAUUUUUAUCAAUUAAACAGUCUGAUUUUAUUUUAGAUUGUAUGAAUAUUGAUAUUUCUAUUUAUUAUAAUUUUGUCUAUUCAUUGUAUUUACUCUUUGAUUCAGAUGUUAAAAAUGCACUAUUUCUUGUUGACUUAUUAGUAAUGUUUAAAACAAAACAUCAUUUUGACUUACAAAAAUCAUUAGAUUUUUCAAUAUUAUCAAAAUUUUUCAUUAAACUUUCCAAUAAAUUACCAAAUGCAUUAUUCAAAUCACGUGUUUUCAUUAAAGUUUAUAGUUGUUUAGAUUCAUUUUAUACUAUUGAAGAAAGUGUUCAUACAUCCCCUUUAUAUUCUCUUUUAAUAAAUAUAGUUAAAACUUACUCACUUACUGAAAUUAAAUUUAUUAUUCAAUGUUUAUGUAAUGAAGAAUCAGAAUGUAGUAUUAAAAAUCAUGUUUUAUUCACUUUAAUAUAUGAUUAUUGUUUUAGACAUUUACAAGAAGUUGAAAGAGCAAAUUAA